AUGGACUACGAUUACCCGCAUGUCAACGAUUCCGAGAUAACCGAUACCCUGGACGACUCGACGCAUUCUGACAAGCCCCGUAUUCUCUUGAUGGGUCUACAAAGGAGUGGCAAGUCAAGCAUACAGCGAGUUGUAUUCGGUAAAAUGCCGCCAAAUGACACAUUGUAUCUCGAGAGCACUACCAAAAUCCAAAAAGAAGAUAUCACUCGAUCCUUCAUUGACUUCCAGAUAUGGGACUUCCCUGGUCAAAUCAACUUUUUCGACAUGGCAUACGAUUCGCAGGAAAUCUUUGGUGCAGUAGGAGCUUUGAUCUUUGUGAUUGAUGCACAGGAUGAUUAUACCGAGGCGCUGAACCGCCUGUAUUAUACCGUUACAAGUGCCUAUCGUGUCAACCCCAAUAUCACUUUUGAGGUGCUGAUCCAUAAGGUGGAUGGUUUAUCAGAUGACUACAAGAUUGAUACUCAGCGUGAUGUCCAACAGCGUAUGAAUGAUGCUCUGGCUGAUGCACAAAUGGAAUAUAUCCACCUCACCUAUUAUUUAACAAGCAUUUACGACCAUUCGAUCUAUGAAGCAUUCAGCAAAAUCAUUCAAAAGUUGAUCCGAGAACUCCCAACGCUUGAAAAUCUUCUCAACGUGCUAUGCUCGAACUCUGGUAUCGACAAGGCCUACCUUUUCGACACGUUAACAAAGAUCUAUAUUGCAACGGACAGCUCACCGGUGGAUAUGCAGUCUUACGAAUUGUGCAGUGACAUGAUCGACGUGGUGAUUGAUAUCGAGUGCAUCUAUGGUGCUCAAGGAUCCAGUCCUAAUGGCCAUUUAUCAAUCGUUGACGAGAAUGGCGAUGAACAAGAUGGAGGAGAUGAUGGAGGAGGGAUGCAUCCAAACGGCAACGGCAUAGCAGAACAUACCGAGGAUGGUGAUGAUAUCGAUGCCGAGAGCUUAAGGCCAACAGAAGGAAACGAUCAAGGAGAAGCUGAUGCAUCGAGUUUGAUUAAACUGGAUAACGGCGACGUCUUGUAUAUGAGAGAGGUUAAUCGGUUGCUUGUAUUGAUUUGCCUUUUGCGGCAUGACAACUUUGAGAAGCAUGGCCUGAUUGAUUACAACUUUCAAUGUUUCAAGGAGGCAGUGACUGAAGUUUUUGAAUUCUCACAGAAGCGCAAUCGACAGCACUCGCACGAUGUGUAA